AUGCCAUCCUACCUCAGACACAGCCAGAGCUCGAGGUCUUACUCAUUCCCUCCCUGUGUCGACAACCUCGACUAUUCUCCACAGUCUGUGAAUGAUCUUCCCGACAUCGAUGAGGAACCCUUCGCGCACUUCUUGACACCACUCGCGGAAGAGGAUGACCCCUACGACCCAAUGUCGCUGAGCGCAGGCAUCUUCGUUUCUGAUGGACCUCGCGCUACCAAGGCCUCAAAGUUCAAGUCCAACGUGGCCGACAAGUGGGCUCGCUAUGUCAAAGGCAACCACACCCAGCUGCACAGCCGUUACCAUGUCCCGACGCUCUCAAGCUUGGACGAGGACGAUGAGUCCUUCAUGCAGCUGGAAGACGAUCGCCUUAACGACACACCCCAUGUGGUCACGCAAAUCGCAACGCCCAGGAUCACCAUUACCGAACCCACUCGCGGUCGCGCACAAGAGCUCCUCAUACGGCGCAACCGCCGGCGAUACUCACGGACUCUAUCAGGCCAUCGUCACUCAUGGAGGGAGCCGAGCCCAGACCUAUUCACCGUAGACGAGUCGGAAUCAGAGGAGGACGACAUGCCGGUGCUCCGUCGCACCAAAGUAAAAAAGAGCAAAGACGGUGCCGAACGACGCAGGUCUUCGCGAUCACGCGUUCGCUCCGAGGUUGUGGAAAAGUCAAGAUUGUGA